AUGUAUUCAUCAUUUGGCGGGCCACCGUUGCCCAUGUGUGAUGAAGCUAAGGAUGGUUUUGUUCGAGUGAGAAAGAGAGAUCUAGAAAAACUAACCACAGAGGUCAUGCAGUUAAGAGAGUUCCUGCCCAGAGUUGUGAACAGAAAUUUGAUUGACAGGCUACACAAAACAAGAGUAACACAAACAGUGAAAGAGCAUCUUACACAAGAACACGAGCAAUCGCAGCAAGAGUGUCUUCAUCUAAAGUCCAGACUGGAUGCAUUACAAAUUGAAUGUCAGAGGGAGAGAGAGGAGAAAUUACAGUUGCGUGAGCAGCUUUGGCAGAGUGGAGCCGAACUGCAGCAGCACUCUGACUACUGCUUCAGUCUUGGUUCUGCUGUCUGCAGCAUUCUGUGGAACUGCUCUUCAAAGGAGGACAUGGUUAAACAGUGGCUGGCUGAUGGAACUCUGCACACCUUUCUGGUGAUCGCCACUCAGACUCUGGGGAGCUUUGUAAAGACUCUGGAUGAGGAUGUGAAGAGUCGAUCUGAGGACUACAACACCCAAGAAUACCAGUUUGUCUUGGCAUUAACUGGAACAAUUACUAACAUCGCGGCUGUAACCAAUGGGCGGGACUUGCUCUCGAGCUCCUCACAUGAUCUGUUGGACACACUGAUCAAGCUGUUAGAGCUGAUGAAACCUGGUGUAUUCCCCAAACUGAAAGUGUUGAUGCUAAUGGGGCUGUAUAACACCAGUAUCAGUGUGAAAGGGCUGAAGUAUAUGAUGGAGCACCCAGCAGUGCUGCCUCUAAUUCGGACUCUACUUGAAGACAGAUCCUGGGAAGUGUGUCUCCACUCCCUGCGCCUCCUGCAGUCAAUGCUGCUGGAAGAUGUUGCACAGCCUCGGCUCGGUGCCGCUCUGCUGGAUUUGGACCUUCAGGCUCGUAUUAGCAUUUUUACCUCCAGUGUCCAGCCCAGCUUGAAGCAGUUAGCUCAGCAGAUCAUGACAGACCUCCAAUUGCUCAUGCAGGUUCAGGGAUGUAAACAGAACAAACAGUGA